AUGCAACAAGCUGACCUCUUGGUUCCUGUCAAGUCCACUGAUGAGGCCUCGGACACGCCUCCCCAUUCCCCACCAGUCUUUUCAGCCACUCCACCGUUUGAAAUUCCGUGCCUCCCUCUGACCACUGAUUACCUCGCCGGCCCAUUUCCUCCAGGACGCCAACUACGUUCCCUUGGAGCCACUGUGACCAUCGACACGUUGCUGCCGCCACCUCGCUCACCGUCCGGAUGUCCUCCCACUCUCCCUUACCCGCUUCUGUCCCGGGCUCAGUCCCGAUCGCCCCCCGGAGGCGUCCUGGCCUCUGACGUCCUCGUGCUCGUCUCCCAAGCCCCAGCCUCGGCCAAGUCUGUCCGCUCUGCGCUUGCGCCCCUGCAGCUGAACCAGCCCGGCAAGAAGCCCUCAGAAGACACCGGGCAUCCGCCCCUCCCCGCCGCCUCGGCCGCUGCCGCGCAGGCACCGCCGUCUCUCGCGGGACCUCUCACUCUGCAGCAGAGGUCGGGAUCCCUGAUCCACAGCCCGUCCCCGAGCACGCGGAGAGAAGCACUUUCAAAGCAUGCCCGUACAAGAAAAUUCCAAUUCGGCAAGGCCAAAAACACACAAGGAAUCAGAGGGGUGUUUGGAGCCGGGCCCCUCCAAGGAGUCGCCUCCAUCUGCCUCUCGCCCUUUCACGUCUUCCUCGCCGGACGCGACCAGCCUCGCCUGCGCUUGUCCCUACAAGUCCUCUCACCGAUCCGCCUGCGGCUCCCCGAGGGCCACCAGGGCCGCCCUCGGUCCUUGGCGUCUCUGCCUCUCGGACACUGCCCGCAGCCCUUCCGCUUGGCCCGCUUUCCCCUUUGCCCCCCGCCCCCCACCGCCCCGAGCCUUCCCGCUGCGUCUCCCUCCUGGCUGCUGUCUGUCAGCCCACCCCGGCGGACUGGGGCUCCUCGGGUUCUCUUCUCGGCCCAUUUGCUCCGCGGGCCGCCCAGGCCCGUGGUCUUGGCUCGACGCCCCCAAGUCCCAGAUCCAGGUCUGGAGCCUGCGCCCGAGCCCCGGGCGGACCUGUCCAGCCGCCCACUGAGUAGCUCCACCUGCAGACCUCACGCCUCGACCGCCUGCUCGCAAGCCAGGCCCCCCCCCAAGCCCUCCUCCUCCUGUCGUCUCCGCGGUGCUGGCAGCAUCUGCUCGAUCGGCCGCGCCCCGGAGCCUGAGCAGAGCCCCUCCUCGUCACCCUCCAUGUCCGAAUGGACACUGGAAGUCAUUCUGUCUGUCUGCCAACUGUCUUUGGAAUCUGUCCUCCUUCCGGCAUCUCCACCGCCACUGCGCCGAUGACCCGCCCGAUCCGGACCGCUGCGCGUGGAAAUCUGAGUCUUUCCUCCUGGGACGAGCUCAGAGGGGUUCUAACCGCACCCCUGCCUCCAGUCUCCCCACCAGACCGCCUCUCACACCCAGGUGUCAGUGAUGUGACACAAAGUUCAUCGUGUCGCUGGCUACCUGAAAUCUUUCCAUCGUCUCCUCACUUUUCUUGGAUAAAAUCCAAAAUCCCUGGUAUGA